GGAACCACUAAGGAACUUCGUUCCAAAAAGAAUUGACAUUAACAUUUGACGUUUUACUUUAUCUGUAUAUCAAUUGUAUUUUUCUUUUUGACUAGGACGAUUAACCCAGUGGUGAAGUGGGGUUAUCGCAAUCAUGGGGAAAGGUAAUAAUAUGAUUCCUAAUGGCCAUUUCCAUAAGGAUUGGCAAAGAUUCGUAAAAACGUGGUUUAAUCAACCUGCCAGAAAGCACCGCCGAAAGCAAAACAGAAUUAAGAAGGCGAAAGCAAUUGCGCCACGUCCAGCAGCCGGGCCCCUGAGACCCGUCGUUCGCUGUCCAACUGUCCGUUACCACACUAAAGUCCGCGCAGGCCGUGGAUUUACUCUACGAGAAAUUCGUGCUGCUGGUUUGAACCCUGCUUUUGCCAGGACCAUAGGGAUUGCCAUAGACCCACGCAGACGCAACAAAUCUGUGGAAUCAUUACAAACCAAUGUCCAGAGACUGAAAGAAUACCGUGCUCGACUGAUCCUAUUCCCUAAGGGCAAGAAGGUCCUGAAGGGUGAAGCCAAUGAGGAGGAGCGUAAAGUAGCCACACAACUGUCUGGUCCAUUAAUGCCAAUACAACAGUCUGCACCGAAAUCUGUUGCUCGUGUUAUAACAGAGGAGGAGAAGGACUUCAAGGCUUACCAAUACCUCAGAGGGGCUCGCUCAAUUGCCAAACUUGUGGGAAUAAGAGCUAAGAGACUGAAGGAUGCUGCUGAAAAUCCUGAUGAUGUCACUAAAGCACCAGCUGCAAAGGAAGCUAAAACUAAGAAGUGAAAUAUUUAAUAAACAGUUGUAAAAGUA